AUGGCUGAAGGGUCGAUCAAGUCGCGCAUUGCGGCGCUGAACCUCGAGGAGGUACAUACGCCCGUACCGGGUGCCAAACCGACCUAUUCAUAUGAUACCUCUACUGCCAAGAGGAAGCCACCUCCACCUCCGCCCAGCUCGCGCCCGCCCGCCUACUCUCGCCAGACGGUCAACAACCCACCAGUUCUCAACAAUGCGCUCACGUCUGCGCGACAACUCGGCAACCAGCCCAUGGUAGUGAACGAAUCCGAAAAGCCAAAAGUCUCGCCCGCGCUGCCUCCUCGCCCGCCUCCGCGCAAUGCCAGCACGCCUCGGCCCACGCCAGCACUCCCACCGCGCAAGGCGUCCGAAUCAAGCGUUAGAAGGCGCGAGUCCUCUGAGUCGAUUUCCACAAUCGCGUCGGGCAUAUCAACAUUGUCACUGGGUUCUGUGAAGACAAAUGGCACAAGUCACAGUAAUGGAAGCACAGGCACGCUUUAUCAGGUCAGGGCUCCGGCCUACGAUCCCUCAAAGCUGCCACCACUGCCACCCAAGAAAGCACCCGAAGACCCUAAACAGAGCAAGGCGACACUGAACGCAAUGAGGAGCAAAAGAGAAUAUGUGCCCGCUCAGGCGCUGCCACCCCAACUGAAGACUCCUGAUCUUCCUGCAAGGCCCUCUCUCCCCCCUAGACAAUCCAUCAUUCGCGAGCGAUCACCUCAGCCUGUACCAGCGCUGCCACAUAGGCAAUUCUCAAACGACACCUCCCGGACGAACAAGGUGACCGCACCACCGCCACCACGACGAUCGGCGUUGGAGAUGGGCUUCAACAACAAGGCAUCGUCGCCUCCUCCCGUGCCUUCAACUCGGCCACCAGCAGUUGCUUCUGACUCAGCACCGAAUCUUGGAACACCACCUCCUGUCCCAAUGUCGUCCAGACCGAACCUCAGCGCCAUCAUGGCUUCCAAGCCGAAACCAGGUGCCGUUGCAAGUUGCCUCGUGUGUCGAGACUUUUCAGGUCCAGACAAUCAUGCUGCGCAAUUUCCUCGCGCUCAACUCCCCUCAUCAGAUGUGGGCUGGCUUGCUCAUCAACUGUGCUCUCAGUUCCCGUCACCUACCGACAAAGCGCGUGCGAUAUUCACCUGGCUGCAUCACAACGUUGACUACGACGCUCACUCAUUUUUCAACGGUACUAUUUCCCCUACUACGCCCGAAAAGACCAUCGCAUCAGGUCUGGCAGUAUGCGAAGGUUACGCCGGUCUGUUCGCUGCUCUAGCCCUAAAGGCUGGUUUGGAGGCUAUGGUAUGUUCCGGUGCGUGCAAGGGCUAUGGGCACUCACCUUUGGAGCCUGGACAAGCUGUGCCGCCUUACAAAUCGACGCAUGCCUGGAAUGCUGUCAAGAUUGACAACGGAGAAUGGAAGCUUGUUGAUCCAUGCUGGGGAGCUGGACACCUUGGGUGUCAGAAUCGUGGUGAAGGGUACGUAAGAUCCUUCAAUGCUCGUCAAUUCACCAUGGACAACAACGAGUUCGGAUUGAAGCAUUACCCAGGAGAAGCCUCUCACCAAUUCCGUACUGACGGACGUAUCGUCUCCUACGAAGAGUUUAUGCGAGAUGAUCAGGGUGGACGCGUCAAUGUCUACGGUGACGCCUUCAAGGAACACGGCUUUGGCGAGCGCACCUUUGAACCAUCGCAGGCACAGAUCAAGGUAAACGAUCCAUAUGCACCGGCGGUCGUUCGAUUCCAAUUCUCAUACGCCUGUCCGCAUUGGGACAACGCGCGCCAUGGAAAGGGUCCGCCAUACAUCAUGCUACUGAGCAUUGCUGGCAGAGAUGGUCGGAAACCGGACUACAAGCCGUUCAACACCGACGGGCGCACUUGGUGGCUCGAUAUACCGCGCACCGACCUCGGUGCGCCAGGCCAGAAGAUUUCUCUGAAUGCGAUCACGGUUUUUAAUGACAAGGACGCCCGUGGGAUGAGCGUGGCUACUUGGAACAACAAGACGGCGUAUUCGUGCAAGUUUGGGGGUGUAGCCCAAUGGGAGCUCGUUUGA